UCAUUUUUGUAUUCUUUAUUAAAACAAAUAUUUUCUACCAACUCCAUCAAGAAUCAGUCCAAGUCUUCUCUCUUUAAUCAUCUAAACAACUAAUACUAAACCCACUAUAAUUUUGUUUUUUGGGUUUGCAAAGCUACAAUCUUUCUGGGUUUUCAUCUUGUUGCAAUAAAAGGUCAGCUCAAAAGAAGUUUAAGAUGCUCUCAUUGCCUACAUACAUAAAGAAAUCAAAGCAUGGUUAACAAAACUGAGUUGGCCUUUAUAUGCUCCUCUGCGGGAGUUUUGUUAGGCAUUUUCAUAUCGUCAGUGGUAUUUUUCUGUUUUAGAUGGUACAAAAGGCACUCAGAUUUGGAGAAACUUGGUAUAUCAAAUCGCCCUAUCUGCAAGAAUGGCUGUGGCCUGGGACUAGACUCUAGUACCUCGAUGUCAGAAUCUGUUGUUGUCCCUCUACCAGAUCUCCCAGCCAAAAGCUUGCCACCCUUAUGGUUGAAUCAUCAUAAUAAAGAUCGAACAAAUUCAGUUUCAGGCAUACCAAAAUACUUGUACAAGGAUAUUCAGAAGGCUACUCAAAAUUUUACAAACAUAUUGGGAGAGGGAUCGUUUGGCCCAGUAUACAAGGCAACAAUGCCUGCGGGUGGAGUGGCGGCAAUCAAAGUACUAGCUUCCAACUCUAGGCAGGGUGAGAAAGAGUUCCAGACCGAGGUAUCUUUGUUAGGUAGACUGCAUCACCGAAAUUUAGUGAAUUUGGUGGGCUACUGUGUGGAUAAAGGGCAAUACAUGUUAAUUUACGAGUACAUGAGCAAUGGCAGUUUGGAAAAAAGAUUAUACAGUGAAGAUGAUACAUUGACUUGGGAUGAGAGGCUUCAAAUUGCUCUUGAUAUUUCUCAUGGAAUUGAGUAUCUUCAUGAGGGGGCAGUUCCACCAGUUGUACAUCGGGACUUGAAGAGUGCUAAUAUAUUACUGGAUCACUCUAUGAGAGCAAAGGUCGCUGAUUUUGGGCUUUCAAAGGAAGAGGUUUUUGAUGGGCGUAAAUCAAGCCUGAAAGGUACAUAUGGCUACAUGGAUCCUGCAUAUAUCUCUACGAGCAAGUCCAGUUUGAAGAGUGAUAUCUACAGCUUAGGGGUUAUCUUUUUUGAGCUUAUAACUGCCAUACAUCCACACCAAAACUUGAUGGAUUAUGUCAAUCUUGCGACAAUGGACCCGGAUGGAGGAGUCGACGAGAUACUUGACAAUCGACUAAUCGGGAAAUGCAGCUCAGAAGAAGCGAAGAGUUUGGCUAAAAUUGCUUUCAGAUGUUUACACAAGACACCAAGGAAGCGCCCUAGUAGUGGGGAAAUCUCUCAGGCUAUAGUAAAGAUAAAACAGAGACGUCUGCCUAAAGUUGGAACGAUGUCCUUUGCUGGGGAUGAUCUUAACCGAUUAACAAGUAUGAUUGAAGACCAACAAGUGGAGUUAAGUAAAAUUUUGAGCCGGAAUGAAAAUUAAGAUCAGUAUUUUGCUGUACGAAUGAUCCUAGUUUUUUUUUCCCACAAAGCGCAGUUGUAAAUACUAAAUACAAUCCCUCAAUUGGUGUUUAUAUUGUAGUCUUUAGACAACGAAAGAAAAAUCACAUUUAGAAGAAACAAAGAAGAAAAUUCAUUCCCUCAAUUGAUGAUCAGUCACUGACAACCAGGAAAAUACACGAGAUGUGUGAAACUUGGAUACCAGUGUUGGGAAGAUGUACAGGUCAAACUCAUAUUUACAAAUGUGUAUACAGUCCAAAAUGAUGGUGUCAAAUGUCCAUAUUCAUAUCGAAAU